CCGCCGCACUCGCCGCGCCGCGACUCCGGUGGCCGCUGACGUGUCACCCCGCUCCUUCCCUCCCAAUCUCCCAUCAUCCCUCCCCAUCCUCCCCCGCCUCCGUUUCCCGCCACUUCUCCGCGCCAUUUCCCCCUCCCACCCGCCGGGCCCUCCUUCCCUUCCCUCCCACUCCUACUAGUAAUCCCCUGCCGCGAGCAAUCCCCCCCGCAAAACGCCAAAACCCUAAACCCUCGGAGGAGGGGAGUAGUCGCCCCACCCUCCGCAAUGGCGUCGCGCCGAGCCAGCAACGGCCGCUCGCCGCUCGUGCGGAAGCAGAGCCAGAUCACCGCCUUCUUCUCCUCCUCGUCCACACCCUCACCCUCCCCGUCCACGCCGAACAAAGGCGCGUCCAAGCCCUCGCCGUCGCCGCUGAAUCCCAGUGCAGCGCGGAGGUCCACGCUCGCCGCGGCCUCCCUUUCCCCUCCCAAGCAGCCGCCGCCGGCGGCGGCGCAGGAUGAGAAGAGGGCGAAGAGGGAUAAAAAGGAUCGGGAUGCUGCUGCCCCGGUCGCUGCGGCUGCGGCUGCGGAGGUGGUGGGUAGGCGGCUGCGGGUGUACUGGCCGCUGGACGACGCGUGGUACGAGGGGAGGGUGGAUGCCUACGACGCGGGCUCCCGCAAGCACCGGGUCAAGUACGACGACGGCGAGGAGGAGCAGGUCGACCUCGGGAAGGAGCGGUUCGAGUGGGCUGCCACGGGUGAGGAGUCCACCCCGCUGCCGGCAAGGAAGCUGCGGCGUCUCCGGCGGAUGUCGGAUACCGCGGUGGCGAAAUCGCCGGGUCUGGCGGAGGAUGGUGGAAGGGAUUCCACUGAGGACGAGGACUGGAAGAGGGAUACUGUAGCGGAUGAUGAUUCGGAGGAGGUGGAACUGGAGGACGAGGAGGAGGUUGUUGCGGUGAGGUCACGGAAGGGGAAGACGAGGCACUCCUUGCCGGUGUCAGGUUCAACGCCAUCGACAUUGGGCUCUGGCUUGACAUCAGCAUCGGGGUCAACAAUUUCGAAGAUGAAAAAGGUGGAUGUGGCUUCAUUGGAUUGUGCUAAGAAGUUCAGCUUUGAAACAGUUAAUACCACUGGAAAAGUUGACCCAGAAGUGCCGCUGAGCUGUGGCCGGAAGGAGCAAGCUACAGGGAAUGCUAACACUGCUCUUACUGGGGAGGCAGCUGAGCGCUUUGGACAGCGCGAUGUGGAAAAGUUCAAAUUCCUUGGAGAAGGGCGCAAAGAUGCAAAAGGAAGACGCCCUGGAAGCCCAGGCUACGAUCCAAGAACACUUUUAUUGCCUUCCCAGUUCUUGAAGAGUUUGACAGGAGGACAGAGACAAUGGUGGGAAUUUAAAUCACAACACAUGGAUAAGGUUCUGUUCUUCAAGAUGGGCAAAUUCUAUGAACUAUUUGAGAUGGAUGCACAUGUUGGGGCAAAGGACCUUGAUCUUCAGUACAUGAAGGGUGAACAACCUCACUGUGGAUUCCCAGAGAAGAAUUUAUCAGUGAAUUUAGAGAAAUUAGCUAAGAAGGGCUAUCGAGUUCUGGUUGUGGAGCAAACUGAAACACCUGAGCAAUUUGAACUUCGGCGUAAGGCAAUGGGUAUAAAGGACAAGGUAUGCUUCGAUUCCGUGGUGUCAGUCAAAGUCAUCUCUUGUGUUGAGGCAACUUCCAAAUGUGAUAUACCAAAGUUUUCUGCUAAAUUAUUUGGCAUGCUUUACUCUCGGAAGGUUGUCAGGCGUGAAAUAUGUGCAAUGGUCACAAAAGGGACACUGACAGAAGGAGAGCACCUAUUGGCAAACCCAGAUCCAUCAUAUCUCCUGUCUGUGACUGAAAGUCUCCAACAAAGUUCAAACAAGAGUCAAUACACUUGUAUCAUUGGUGUUUGCAUAGUUGAUGUUUCGACAAGCAAAUUUAUUGUAGGACAGUUCCAAGACGACCCAGAGCGCCAUGGAUUAUGUUCAAUUUUGUCUGAAAUGAGGCCUGUGGAAAUCAUCAAGCCUGGUAAAAUGCUGAGUCCAGAAACUGAGAAGGCAUUAAAGAACAACACAAGAGAACCUUUAAUAAAUGAGUUGCUUCCAUCCACGGAAUUCUGGGAUGCAGAAAAGACUAUUAAUGAGAUAAAGAAGUACUACAGCUCAGCAGAUAAACAAAACAAUGUCGACAAUGUACAAGACAGUCUGGAGUCUCUGCCUAACUUAUUAAGCGAAUUAAUUGGAGCAGGUGAUAAAACAUAUGCGCUUUCUGCUCUAGGAGGUUCCUUAUUUUAUUUAAGACAAACCCUUCUGGAUGAGAAAAUAGUUCCGUGUGCUGAGUUUGAGCCCCUUGCAUGCUCGGGGAUCAUCAACAAUAUCCGAAAGCAUAUGAUACUUGAUUCAGCAGCGCUCGAAAAUCUGGAACUUUUAGAAAAUAUCAGAACUGGUGGCGUGUCAGGGACCCUGUAUGCACAAUUGAACCAUUGUGUUACUGGUUUUGGAAAGAGGCUGCUUAAACGUUGGAUUGCAAGGCCAUUGUAUGAUUGCAGAGCAAUACUACAACGUCAAAGAGCUAUUGCUACUUUCAAGGGAGUUGGUAACAACUAUGCUGCCCAGUUUCGUAAGGAUUUGUGUAGGCUCCCUGACAUGGAACGCUUGCUUGCACGUCUUUUCUCUAGAUGUGACGGAAACAAAAGAAGUUCAUCAAUUGUUCUUUAUGAAGAUGCAUCAAAGAGACUGCUUCAACAGUUUACUGCAGCUCUUCGUGGUUGCGAGCAGAUGUUCCAUGCAUGUUCUUUGAUUAGUACAUUGAUAUGCACAGAAGAUUCUGUGGAUUCUCAACUAAAUGAUUUGCUCUCACCAGGCAAAGGGCUACCGAAUGUAUCAUAUAUUUUGGACCGAUUCAGAGAUGCAUUUGAUUGGUCAGAAGCAGAUCGCAACGGUCGGAUCAUUCCUCUUCAAGGUUGUGAUCCUGAAUAUGAUGCCACUUGCAAUGCAAUACAGGAAAUUGAAUCCAGUCUAAAAGAAUACCUGAAGGAGCAACGGAAACUUUUGAGAUGUGCAUCGGUUACCUAUGUUAAUGUUGGAAAAGAUAUGUACCUAAUUGAAGUGCCUGAGAGCUUGGGAGGUUCUGUUCCAGGGAAUUAUCAGUUGCAGUCUACAAAAAAAGGUUCCUAUAGGUACUGGACGCCAGAACUGAAAGAACUAAUAUCAGAACUUUCAAAAGCUGAGGCAGAGAAAGAAUCAAAAUUGAAAGGCAUUCUUCAGAAUCUGAUUCAGCUAUUUGUGGAGCAUCACAGCGAGUGGAGGCAACUGGUUUCUGUUGUUGCUGAGCUUGAUGUUUUAAUAAGUCUUGCUAUUGCAAGUAAUUAUUUUGAGGGACCAAGUUGCUGUCCAACUAUCAAAGAAUCAAAUGGCUCAGAUGAUACUCCUACUUUCCAUGCCAGAAAUCUUGGACAUCCCAUUCUACGAAGUGAUUCCUUGGGCAAGGGUUCUUUUGUACCCAAUGAUGUUAAGAUAGGUGGGCCAGGGAAUUCCAGCUUUAUUGUUCUUACUGGUCCAAAUAUGGGUGGUAAAUCAACUCUUUUGCGCCAAGUUUGUCUUACCAUUAUAUUGGCUCAGAUUGGAGCAGAUGUUCCUGCAGAAAACCUUGAACUUUCUCUUGUUGACCGAAUCUUUGUUCGAAUGGGAGCAAGGGAUCAUAUUAUGGCCGGCCAAAGUACAUUCUUGGUGGAGCUCAUGGAAACUGCCUCGGUGCUUUCAUCAGCUACCAAGAACUCUUUUGUGGCUUUAGAUGAGCUUGGGCGGGGUACAUCAACUUCUGAUGGACAAGCUAUCGCGGCCUCUGUUCUGGAUUAUCUAGUCCAUCAGGUGCAGUGUCUAGGCUUGUUUUCUACACACUACCAUAGGUUAGCAGUGGAACACAAGGAUACCAAGGUAUCGCUGUGUCAUAUGGCAUGCGAGGUAGGCAAGGGUGAAGGAGGUCUGGAAGAAGUGACUUUCCUUUAUAGAUUAACAGCUGGUGCAUGCCCCAAAAGCUACGGUGUAAAUGUUGCUCGAUUGGCAGGAAUACCUGCUUCGGUGCUUCUAAGGGCAAACGAGAAGUCAAUUGACUUUGAGGCCAACUACGGGAAGCGAUGCUGUGUUACCAAAGAUAAGCAUGCCAGUUCACAGCACGAAGAUGAGUUUUCUGCCAUCAGGGAUGUGUUACGCAUUGUGAAGGCAUGGCCUCAUCCUGGUGAUCAGGCAGCGAGUAUAAGAAUGCUCCAUGAAGCGCAGAAGCUUGCCAAGGUGCUGGCUGUGGAAGGUUAAAAAAUUGUUGCAUGACCUGUUCGCUUAGUGGAGAUUGACGCAUUUUGCUACCUUGGUGGCUUUGUUUUGGAUCGCUGUCAUGUUGAGAGCGCUGUAGUACAGCUCAUUGUGGAAUCGUCAUGGCUCAAGCCCGUGUAAAGAAUUGGGACAUGUACCAUAGAUGGAGACGAUUCAACGUCGUCCACGUAGCUUUACUAUCCCUUCCAACAAUUUUCUUUGCUCUGUGAUAGAAGCCCAAGGAUGGUCACCCGUACUGGAUUGUGAUGUGUUAGGCCACUGUAUGAUCAGAGGGUAGAUGGCUCAAAUUUUAAACUGAGCUGCGUAAAAACUUCCGAGAUUUUAAGAGAUGGUUCCAUGGAAGGUGUAUAGGGAAACGGAAAUCAGGAACUGCGCUUGCAAGCCAAUUUAGGCUUAGCUACUUC